AUGCUGGGAUGUGGGGGUGGGGCCAAGCUGCGCCACAGUUUGACGCUGGCCUCGGGAUUCGUUGAAAACCUGUGUUUCUCGGGGAUAGCGUAUGGCUGGGCGUCGCUGGUGUUCAUCCUGAAGAACGACGGCUACUUCAGUGACCUCUGUGACAUCACUGCCAACGCCACUGACCCCGGUGACAUUAUCGCGCUGUCAGGGGAGUGGCCUAGCGAUAGCAUCAUACAGUCAGGUGAGUUGUGAGCUCGCACGCACGCACACACUUCUUCUCUCACAAACACACACAACCUCUUUCUCUCACACACACACCACACACACAACACACACACACACACACCCACACACCCACACACACACACACACACACACACACACACACACACAUACACAUUUACAAAAGCUACUGAAACUCACAAAAGCUCUCUCCCCCAUCCCUCCUCUCUCUCUCUCUCUCUCUCUCUCUCUCUCUCUCUCUCUCUCUCUCUCUCUCUCUCAGACUGUAGUAGACAGGAGACAGGAUGAACAGUUCUCUCCCCCAUCCCUCCAUCUCUCUCUCUCUCAGACUGUAGUGGCCAGGAUGACGUCUCUCCUCUCUCAUCUCCUCUCGUCCCUCCUCUCUCUUCUCUCUCUCUCUCUCUCUCCUCUCUCUUCUAUUCUCUCUCUCUCUCUCUCUCCUCUCAUCUUCUCUCGUCGUCUCUCAUUCACUCGUCUCUUCUCUCUCCUCUCUCUCUUCUCUCUCUCUCUCUUCCUCUCUCUCCUCUCUCCCCUUCGACAGGCUGAACCGUUUCUCUUCCCCAUCCCUUCAUCCUCUCUCUCUCAGUCUGUAGCGGACAGGAUGAAAGUUCCUCCCCAUCCCUCCAUCUCUCUCUCUCUCAGACUGUAGUGGACAGGAUGAACAGUUCUCCCUGGUCUUCACCGUCGCCUCCUUCUCCAUGAACUUCCUGCGUUUCCCUCUGGGCUUCCUGUUCGACCGCUUCGGCACCAUGGCGACAAGGCUCCUGGCCAUGUAAGAUUGUUUUAUUAUUGUUCAUAUUUUUUAUUGAUACCCAUCAUUUAUUUUCGGGGGUCAACUAACUGGUGAGUGUUGUUUUUGCAACAAUGGCUAUGGCCGAAAUAGCACCCUUUUCCCUAUAGUGCACUACUGUUGACCAGAGCCAUUGAGCCACUAGCAGACAUUUGAUACUGGCAGUUAAACAGGUCAAAGGUAGGAACAUCCUCACUGGGCACAGACGUCAGUUCAACGUCUAGUUUUGAUUUACAUUUGGUUGAGUUGUCAACUAAAAAAAUCACCAUGUCAUUGGAUUUGGGUAAAAAAUAUGAAAUGCCCUUACGUUGCCAUCUUGAUUCAACAUCAUCACAUAGAUUUUUUGGCUUGAAAUUAUGUGGAAACAACAUUGAUUCAACCAGUUUUUGCCCAGUGGGUCAGUACUUAGUUACAACAGAUAAUUAUAGACUAACAGGCUUAAUUAAACAUGGUUAACUCCUGUUCCCCUUCCCCAACGGAAUGCAUCUGUCUGCGUCUUGCCGCACAUACAGUCAUGUUUAUUACAUAUCAAUCCAUAUCAACAGUAAAUCAAAUACAGGAAAAUAAUUACUCCAAUAAUCCACUGACAAUGAUGAUGAUGGUGAUGAUGGUAUUAUUAGAUCAGAGUAUAUAUACUGUAUAUAUACGGUGCCUUCAGAAAGUAUUCAGACCCCUUGACUUUUUCCACAUUUUGUUACAUUACAGCCUUAUUCUAAAAUUUGAGUAAAUUGUUUUUUUUCCCCUCAAUUCCCUCCUUUACAAACCCCCCAACGUAAAUGCAAACACAGUUCAACUUUGGGACGAAUGAUAUAAGACCGUUUUCCUAAAAGUCUGUUUGUAUUUGAUCAAUGACUAGCUAACAAUGCUAACUCCUCAGGCUCAUGAAGAAACAUUGGUUUUAUCUGAAAUGGCACCUUAUUGCCCUGGUCAAAAGUAGUGUAGUACACUUUAACUCUACCCACAUGUACAUAUUACCUCAAUUACCUCCACUAACCUGUGCCCCCACAAAUUGACACUGUACCGGUAACCCCUGUAUAUAGCCUCCCUACUGUUAUUUUAUUUUACUGCUGCUCUAUAAUUAUUUGUUAUUUUUUACAUAUCUAUUUCUUUACUUAACACGUAUUUUUCUUAAAACUGCGUUGUUGGUUAAGGGCUUGUAAGUAAGCAUUUCACUGUAAGGUCUACACAUGUUGUAUUCGGCGCUUGUGGCAAAUACAAUUUGAUUUGAUUUGAUUUGGAAUAGGGUACAAAUUUGGAUUAAACCAAUUCCCUAUAUAGUACACUAGCCCUGGUCAAAAGUAGGGCACAGUUUAGGGAAUAGGGUACACAAGGUCUGAAAUGGUAAAGUAUUCAGACCCCUUGACUUUUUCCACAUUUCAUUAAGUUACAGCCUUAUUCUAAAAUGGAUUAAAUCGUUUUUUUCCCCCCUCAUCAAUCUACACACAAUACCCCAUAAUGAACGGAAAUAUCACAUUUACAUAGGUAUUCAGACCCUUUACUCAGUACUUUGUUGAAGCACCUUUGGCAGUGAUUACAGCCUCGAGUCUUCUUGGGUAUGACGCUACAAUCUUGGCACAUCUGUAUUUGGGGAAUUUCUCCCAUUCUUCUCUGCAGAUCCUCUCAAGCUCUGUCAGAUUGGAUGGGGGGCGUUGCUGCACAGCUAUUUUCAGGUCUCUCCAGAGAUGUUCGAUUGGGUUCAAGUCCGGGCUCUGGCUGGGCCACUCAAGGACAUUCAGAGACUUGUCCCGAAGCCACUUGUGCGUUGUCUUGGCUGUGUGCUUAGGGUCAUUGUUCUGUUGGAAGGUGAACCUUCGCCCCAGUCUGAGGUCCUGAGCACUCUGGAGCAGGUUUUCAUCAAGGAUCUCUAUGUACUUUGCUCCGUUCAGGUUUCCCUCGAUCCUGACUAAUCUCCCAGUCCCUGCCGCUGAAAAACAUCCCCACAGCAUGAUGCUGCCACCACCAUGCUUCACCAUAGGGAUGGUGCCAGGUUUCCUCCAGACGUGACGUUUAGCAUUCAGGCCAAAGAGUUCAAUCUUGGUUUCAUCAGACCAGAGAAUCUUGUUUCUCAUGGUCUGAGAGUCUUUAGGUGCCUUUUGGCAAACUCCAAGGGGGCUGUCAUGUGCCUUUUACUGAGGAGUGGCUUCCGUCUGGCCACUCUACCAUAAAGGCCCAUUGGUGGAGUGCUGCAGAGAUGGUUGUCCUUCUGUAAGCUUCUCCCAUCUCUACAGAGGAACUAGAGCUCUGUCAGAGUGACCAUCGGGUUCUUGGUCACCUCCCUGACCAAGGCCCUUCUCCCCCGAUUGCUCAGUUUGGCCAGGUGGCCAGCUCUAGGAAGAGUCUUGGUGGUUCCAAACUUCUUCCAUUUAAGAAUGAUGGAGGCCACUGUGUUCUUGGCGACCUUCAAUGCUGUAGAAAUUGUUUGGUACCCUUCCCCAGAUCUGUGCAUCGACACAAUCCUGUCUUGGAGCUCUAUGGACAAUUCCUUCGACCUCAUGGCUUGGUUUUUGCUCUGACAUGCACUGUCAGCUGUGGGACCUUAUAUAGACAGGUGUGUGCCUUUCCAAAUCAUGUCCAAUCAAUUGAAUUUACCACAGGUGGACUCCAAUCAAGUUGUAGAAACAUCUCUAGGAUGAUCAAUGGAGCUCAAUUUCGAGGGUCUGAAUACUUAUGGAAAUAAGGUAUUUCUGUUUUUUAUUUUUUUAUUUUUGCAAACAUUUCUAAAAACCUGUUUUCACUUCAUCAUUAUGGGGUAUUGUGUGUAGAUUGCUGAGGAUUUUUAUUUAUUUAAUCCAUUUUAGAAUAAGGCUGUAAUGUAACAAAAUGUGGAAAAGGUCAAGGGGUCUGAAUACUUUCUGAAGGCACUGUAUCUCUAAACCAACGUUAUCAUGACACCAAACCAUCACACAACUACCCAUGCUCAUACCCUCCUUCCCUCCCUCCCUCCCUCCCUCUCUCCCUCCCUCCCUCCCUCCUUCCCUCCUUCCCUCCUUCCCUCCUUCCUUCCUUCCUUCCUUCCUUCCCUCCCUCCCUCCUUCUUCUUUUCUAGAUGUCUAUACACCACUGGGACCUUGUUGAUAACUGUCUCCAGUCCAGGUAUUUUUUACAACAUACUGAAAUGUCGGUUAGUGUGUCUAGACCUUUGGUCUUUUAUUGACAUUUGAUUUUUUUAUUGAGGAACUUGUUCUUUGUCCUCAACCCCCCCCCCCCCCCCCCCCCCUCCUUCUCUCUCACACACACACACACACACGCACACACACACACAGAGCAAUCAGCGUUGCUGUUUCCUGCCAUCUCGUGCCUGAUCACAUCUGGAAUGUUGUUCUACACCACCAAUGCUCAGGUUGCUACAGUCUGUCAUUUCAAUGUCAUGACAUGCAUUUGGUCAACAAAUGGUCAACUAGUGGUAAACUAGUGGUCAACUAGUGGUCAUCUCUGUACCUCUGUAUUCUUCAGGUGGGGAACCUGUUCGACAGGCAGCGUUCCACGGUCAUAUCGGUCUACGCAGGGGCCUUCGACUCCUCCGCCGCUGUCUUCCUCAUCGUCAAGGUAACACAGCAUCUUCCUUAUGACUAUUCCUCAAUGUGGGACAGGUUUACUGGGGGGGUUACACAGUUGAAAACCUCCUGACUUCCUGACUAUUCCUCAAUGUGGGACAGGUUUACUGGGGGGUUUACACAGUUGAAAAUCUCCUAACUUCCUGACUAUUCCUCAGUGUGGGACAGGUUUACUGAGGGUUUGAACUGUUGAAAACCUCCUGACUUCCUGACUAUUCCUCAGUGUGGGACAGGUUUACCGGGGGGUUUACACAGUUGAAAACCUCCUAACUUCCUGACUAUUCCUCAGUGUGGGACAGGUUUAAUGAGGGUUUGAACUGUUGAAAACCUCCUGACUUCCUGACUAUUCCUCAAUGUGGGACAGGUUUACUGGGGGGUUUACACAGUUGAAAACCUCCUAACUUCCUGACUAUUUCUCAAUGUGGGACAGGUUUAAUGAGGGUUUGAACUGUUGCACAGUCAGCACCUGCUGUUUUCAGAAGGGACUAAAACAAUUCAAAUGUACCAUCUCUAGAUGAAACAUGAAUCCAAACGGUCAUUAAUAAUCUGACCUUUUACCUUGCAUGCUUUAUUCUAUUCUGACAGAUGCAACCUUGGCUCAGGUGAAAACACUAAUGAUUGAAGUAAUCACUGAUAAUCAAAAGUGGUGAAAAGUAAGCUGUAUAUAACCUCUCCCUCUUCCUCUCUCUCUCUCUCUCUCUCUAUCUCUCUCUCUCUCUCUCUCUCUCUCUCUCUCUCUCUGAAGUUUCUGUAUGAAGGAGGGGUCUCGUUCCAUUCCUCCUUCCUCAUUCUCUCUGUCUGCAGCGUCAUCCACGUCUUCCGGACGUUCUUCCUCAUGCCCAAGACCCACAUCCCCUACCCACUCCCCGACGGAUACGCUUACGGGUCAGAAGAACUACGACUCCCACGAUGCACCACCACACCACACAACCAGACUAACGGUCACCAUGGUGACCGACCACCGUGGAAGCCAAACAGGAAUGUUGUUGCCAUGGUUAUAAAGCAGUGACUCUGACUCAGCUCUUUGUGACAGGGUGAACUGCGGUGGCUGGCGGUGGAAGAGAGGGGGAGAGAGAGGGGGAGAGAGAGGAGAAAAGGAGGGAGGAGGAGGAGAGAGAAAAGGAGAGGUGAACGCCAAAUAUCAGAAGAAUACUGGGUUACAGAAGGCCGAGAGUGCCCUGCUGCAAUUGCAGGACAAAGCAGGACCUUUCAGACUCGAUCAGACUGAAAGAGGUAAGAAACCUGGUCAUCCCAGUCAAUUAAAUUAAAUAUAAAGGGCUUUAUUUGCAUGAAAUAGUCCUACAUUUUGAAAAUGUUAAAAAAGCACUGAGCAAGUGAGCACUGUCACUCACUCACAGAAACCUCAUACACCCACACAAGCAUCAUAGAAUAUUGCCCCGACCAACACCCAAUCUCUGUCCUCCUCCCUUCCUCCAUCUCUCUCUCUCUCUGUCCUCCACCCCGCUCCUUCUCCCUCCUUCCACCCCCCUCCUUCUCUCUCUCUCAGUGGCCAGUUUUAGGAGUUGUGUCCUGUCCUGGUUCUUCCUGUGGCACCUGGUCUGGGUGGCUGUCAUGCAGUUCUGUCACUUCCUGUUUAUCGCCACAGUGAACCCCAUGCUCAACCGGCUGGCCAACAGAGACCAGACCCUGGGUAAAGACACGACAGAAACACAAAUACAACUAUUUUUCUGCCUCUGUGUAGACUACUUCUCUACUUUAGUGGUUAUCAAUGCUGUUCUAAAACCCUCCUUUCUCUCUCUCUCUCCUCCUCUCUUCCUCCGCCCAUCUCUCUCUCUCUUUCUCCCCCCCUUCUCUCUCUCUCUCUCUUUCUCUCUCUUUCUCUUUCUCCUCCCCCCCCCCCCUUCUCUCUCUCUCUCUCUCUCUCUCUCUCUUUCUCAGUGAGUCAGUACACCAAUGCCUUUGCCUUCACCCAGCUGUGUGGGGUCCUCUGUGGUCCCUGGAAUGGCCUCAUCAUGGACAGACACAAGGGGAAGCCUCUGGCUCCAGGUGGGUGACAUCAUAGAUGUUAAGGGCAGGUGAAGGUGUGGGCAUCAGAAUCAGAAUCACCUUUAUUCGACAAGUACAUUUACACAUACUCAGAAUUUUACUUGGUGAUAUGUUGCUGCUAGUGACAGACAACAUUUAGAGAUAGAAUACAGACAGCAGAGUUUAAACAAAGUUUACCUACAUUAUAUACAUUAUAUUAUAAACUGGGUGGUUCGAGCCCUGAAUGCUGAUUGGCUGACAGCUGUGGUACAUCAGACCGUAUACCACCGGUAUGACAAAACAUUUAUUUUUACUGCUCUAAUUACGUUGGUAACCAGUUUAUAAUAGCAAUAAGGUACCUCUGGGGGUUUUGGUAUAUGGCGUUGCGUCGUGCGUAAGAACAGCCCUUAGACAUGGUAUAUUGGACAUAUACCACACCCCCUCGGGCCUUAUUGCUUAAUUAGGUGUCGUUAGGCGGCCAUUUUGUGAAGUAGUCAGGUCUGACUGUUGGUUGUGGAUCUGCAGUUGCACGUUGUGAUAACUGUUGACGGUAAUAAGGGCAUUAUAAGUUGAUUGAUUGGUUGGUUGAUUAAUUCAGAUGGUCAAUAAGGCCUGGAAAAGCUAACAGCUGUAGUUAAACGUGGGAUGCAUUUAUUUAAAAUACAGUACAUUUACAUUUUAGUCAUUUAGCAGACGCUCUUUACCAGAGCGACUUACAUGAGCAAUUAGGGUUAAGUGCCUUGCUUAAGGGCAUAUCGGCAGAUUUCUCACCUAGUCGGCUUGGGGAUUAGAACCAGCGACCUUUCGGUUACUGGCACAACGCUCUUACCCACUAAGCUACCUGCCGCCCUGAGGGUUUGAAGACAGUAGACCCAAGCAACAAACAGUUGAAAAAUGAAAGACGUUAGUAUCCCAAUCAACCAUUCAUCCUCUCCCACCUCUUUCUUUGUAUUUCCCUCCCUUCCUCCCUCCCUCCCUGACACAAUCUCCCUUCUCUCUCCCCGUCUUUCUCUCCCCAAAGGAGAGACGAAGCAAGAAGCCGACCUGCGCUCCUCCUCUCUCUCCCUCUUCCUCACCUCCCUCCAGUGCCUCCUCUUCUACGUCUGUUUCUCCUCUCCUCUCCUUCCUCUCCAGUAUCUCACCUUCAUCCUGCAGGUCCUCAACAGUGCCUUCAUCUAUGGUGGACACCAAGCCUUCCUCACCAUCGCGUACGUUCAUGCUGUGUGUGUGUUAUGUCUCCUAUCCUAACCCCCCCCCCCGCCAUUUAACCCUACCUCUACCACCAUUACACCUAACAAAAGAAAACUCCACUAGUCAUCCGUCUAUCUUCUUCUUCUACUACUUCUACUUCUUCUUCUUCUCUUCCUCUUGUCUCUCCACCAGGUUUCCCGGCUGCCAUUUUGGUAAGUUGUCUGGUCUGAUAACAUCUCUGUCAGCUGUGGUUCUGCUGCUCCAGUUCCCUGUUCUACACCUCAUCAGAGAGUUCCUGCAUGGAGACCCUAUCUAUGUGAGUCAGACAGUCAACUUCUUUAACCUACAGAAAACAGCAGGGGGCCUCAUAUAUGUGUAAUGACCUAGGGUUAUAUACCUUUGAGUGUUUCCCAAGCCUCUCAUCGAGUACCCACUGUUGUUGUACGUAUUUGGUGUAUUCCAGAACUAGCACAACUGUUUCAACUAGUGAGGGGCUUGGUGAUUACUAGAUUGAUGGAAUCAGAUGUGCUAGAACUGUAAUACAUCAAGUAAGUAGAAUGGCUGGAGUACUGGAGGAGAGGUUUGGGAAACGGCUAGACCACAGGCUCUGCACAAGGGGGGCUCAAUAUUUGUCUUCUUCUUCCCACCUCUCCUCUCCUCCAGGUGAACGUGGGUCUGACCCUGCUCACCCUCCUCACUUUCAUCCACCCCCUCCACGUCUACCUCCACUGCCGCUCUCUAGCCAAUCAGAGGAGGGCUAGGGCCAAACAGGAAGUGACAAAACUCCGGGUCAAAGGUCACAUGCAACAGGCUGGUGGUGGUGUGAGGACAAAACCCAACAACAGCAGUGGUGCGUCUCAAUAGUCUAAAGUCGCUUCCUCUCCUUGUCUCCUUUCCUUAGACAACACUGACCUGAUUAAACUGGACAGGUGGAAAACAGGGUCUGUGUCCCAAAUGGCACCCUAUCCCCUACAUAGUGCACUACUUUUGAAUGGGCCCUGGUUAAAAGUAGUGCACUAUAUAGGGAAUAGGGCACCAUUUGGGACAUAGUCAGGUGCCUCUGUAGGAUGCCUUCCCGUCGCCAUCUUGCUUUCACCUGUCCGAUGUAGGCGAAGGAGAGGAGACGAGGAGAGGAAGCCUUUUUAGACUGUUGGGAUGCAUCCAGGACAAUGGACACUACAUCAUGGACAAUGGCACUGAAUGUUUAAGGCAGGGCAAAGGAGGACAGUGCCAAAGUGAAGACCUACUGUAAUGUGUGUGUGUGCGUGUGUGUGUUAACCUGUCUGUUUGUAAUAAAAAAUACAACCCAACUGUGAAACAACAAAGUCCAAAAGUAUAGUUUCAUUGAUAAGAGUUUGAAUGGUGAAAAUAUAAAUCACAAUGGGUUAUUUAAGCCAGCCUGUAGAGCAGUUCUCAGCAUGAGCCCCCAAAUGUAUCUGCAACUCUCUCAUGUACUUACGGUAAAUUGAAUGAGACGUCAUCACGUCAUGUUGCAUUGUUAUUAUUGUAGACACAGGAACAGGGAUUUGGGGUUUAAUCUACCCAGCCAAGUGUCCACUUACAGGCCACAGUGUUUAAACGUAUUAAAAAUCAACAUAGUUAUUUUGCCCUUCAAAAAGUGCCAGUAUCAAUAUCUAGCUAGCUAGUUAGUCUAUUCUAGCUAGAAUGUCGGAGACCGUAAUGUUUCAGACGCAGUUGUCGUCCAUCAUGGAAGCUCUAUCCACCGCCGCCAUGGCGGAGAUAACCAAACUAGUGGACCAGUACUCCGCGUUUUUACGCGCGGAACUGUCACGGAAAAAACACGAUAACGAAUUAUUGAUGAAAAAGCUGAAAGUGGUUGAAAACCGGCACCGGACAAGGACCUCGACGAUUGAACACGGCGGGGAUGGAGUUGGCGCUGUGCUGCGGGAGAGACUUUGGAACGGGGGUUCCCUACCGCACCAUACGCCCCGUACGUGUUUAUGUAUUUCAUUUUUUUUAAAAUAGUGCUUUUAAAUCGACAGUCGAACAUGAAGUAAUAUGGCCCCAUCUUUUUCAAUGCAGCAACCAACAGAGAACAAAAGGCCGACUCAGUCUUUACGCAGCAGGGGUGCAGCAGCGAGUGGAGUGAUGGACCCGCGGCGCGGGCGGGAGUAAGGACGGACGAGGUAGUGUGGGUGCUACACACAUGCCACUUAUUUUGUUUUAUCAGCAGUAAAAUAGGUUAUCAUGGGCAUGGCAUUGAUAUUAUUUUCAGCGGAAUUAUAAGGAAUAAUAAUUGACAUAAUGACUGAUAAAACAUAGCUUAUAAUAGGCUAAUAGGCUAGUUUAGGAUAAAAGUAAUAAUGCGUUACACAGGCAUACAUGCAGGUAAGUGUUACUGUAAUUCGCCUCCCCUUAACAGUGCAUUGAUCACACUGCCACUGUGUGUCCCGUCUGUCCGUUCACAGACCACUGUAACAGACAAUACGGCUGAACCAGUGACCAUCAAACAGGAGAGACUGGAGGAGGACGUUCCAGGGGAAUAUGGUGCUCCAAAUGAACUGAGGAUGAAUGGUGAGAGAGAGAGAAAAACAACGUUUCCAUCCACAGUUUUUAUGACAGCUGUGAUGGAAGCAGGAAGUUUCGGUACAAUUUUAUGAAUACCAACAGAUAAUUUGUAAGCUCGACAUGGCGGGAUCUUUUUGUGUCUGUAAAAUUAAUUAUGCAAUAAAUGCGUGAAUAUUGAUAUAAUAACCAUCAUAUCGAAGUAAACUUGGGAUCACGCGAUGAUAUGGUAUGUGCUCCUCCCACUACGACUCCGGAAAGCAUUACGUUUAUUAGGCUACAGAUGAAAUAAGUUAUGAUGAACUUCACAGGGUGGUGAAAGUGCAAAGUGAUCUUGGUGCUCCUUUCCGAUAAAUAUCAAUGGUCUGAUUCUGGUGAUGCUUGACUGUGGUUUGACAAAUAUUCUCGCUCUUAUCCAUAAUAAUGCAGGUUUAAAUCUUAUUUCCUGCAAUUCUACACAUUGUCUAAUGGGGUGCAGCGAACAUCUUGCAAUUCUAUACAUUUUGCCAUGUCUAAUGUGUAUUCAUGUGAUAUUUGAGUGACUCAACAAAAUCUAUGGUCUAAAAAACCUAUCAAAAAAAUGUUUAGUUGAUCUGGACAUUUCUGACAAGUUAUAAAUAGCUCUCUAAGGUAUGCAAUGACUAACAUGACAAGAGGAACUGAUGAUGCACAACCCAAUUAAGAAAUUGCACCUUGUGCAUUCUACUAUUACAAGUUGAAAGCCGGACCGAGUUCCUUUUUUAAAUCCACAACAAGUCUGUUUGGUGGAAACACACCACUGGUGGGAAAAUUUGUAUAUUUUCUUUACGCAGAUUUUACAAUAUUCACAUUAAAAUCUGUCGCUAAUUGGAUGGAAAUCUAGCUACUGAGAGAGAAGGAAAGAGAUUACAUAAAAUGAGGGAGGAAGGGAAGGCCAAGUUGAAACAUCCAGCCAGCCCUGUAGCAAAAUGCAAUAUUACAUGAUGAUGGUGAUGGUGGUGGAGAUGAUGGUGGUGGUGAUGGUGGAGGUGAUGAUGAUGUGAUGAUGAUGAUGAUGGUGAUGAUGAUGACAUUGCCUUUUGUUCAAUAUCCCCUGUUGUCCCCUCUCCUGUAUGUAAGCUACUGAGCAUUCCACCACCUCACUGGUCGCCCGGCAACCACAUCCCGAUGAUCAGACCAGUUUUGAGGAGGACUGGGGGUUCCAGAGUACACCACCAGGGGGUAGAGAUGAACUCACUGACUCUAUGGAACACCACGUAGAACUGGAACAUAGAACUAUGGAACACCAUAUAGAACUGGAACAUAGAACUAUGGGACACCAUAUAGAACGAGGACAUAGAACUCUGGAACACCUAGAACUGGAACAUAGAACUCUGGAACAUGACCUCAGUAGCAGCUCUCAUUGCCUGGACCAGGACCAGCCUGUAGUAGUGGAGGAGACCCGCCUCAAGAGGGAGCCAGAGAGCCCAUGUCCAGACCUCAACCCACUACCGGGAGGAGAACCAGGCCUGGAGGUCAACCAGGGGGAUCUGGGCCAAACGUACCCCGAGUAUGCAGCACUGAACCUGGAGUACGGUGGCUACACAGACACCUCUGGUCUAUUUUUCACCUACUCGUCAGAAAACCAACUACAACAACACACUUCCUCCUCAACGACGACCACAGACGAUUACACAUCGUUACCGGGGAAAUACUCCAUCACCGUCAUGCCUGGUCACCAUGGAGACCAAAGAGGAAGUGGUGGGACUGUCAGAACUCGAGUUCCCCUCAGUAAAGAGAAGGAGGGGAGGUUCGUAUGCAAACAUUGUGGUAAGGGUUUCCCCUACAUCAGCUGCCUUAAGCGGCACGCCCUCAACCACACGGGAGAGAGGACGCAUCACUGCUCCGUGUGUGGGCGGAGCUUCAUCAGACCGAGUCACCUGAGGAGGCAUGAACUGCUGCACACGGGGGUCCGACCCUUCGCCUGCGCACUCUGUGGACGCCACUUCUCACAUGGUGCCCACCUCCGAGCUCACAUGAAGACACACACGUGAUGGAAGUGACGUAAUUAACUUAUUGUUUUACAUAUGAUCUAAAGUUUUAUGUGGACUUGAACCUGUUUUAAAAAGGGGCAUUCCACAGAAAUUCAAGAGUUCAAUACAUACAGUAGACGUCUGUUCUGUGAUUGGGCCUUUAUUGGAGCCUGGGCUGUAGUUGCUAGGCAGUUUCUGAGUAAAGUGCUGAUGGUUGAGAUGGCUGCUUUCAUUGGUCAAGUUACUUUUUUAAUUCCAGAAGAUUAUUUUUUAUUUUAUUAUUGCUGUUGAAUCAUAUAAAUUGAAGCAAUAAGGUCUGAGGGGGUGUGGUAUAUGGCUAAGGGCUGUUCUUAUGCACGACGCAACGUGGACUGUCUGGAUACAGCCCAUAGCCGUGGUAUAUUGGCCAUAUACCACAAACCCCAGAGGUACCUUAUUGCUAUUAUAAACUGGUUACCAAUGUAAUUAGAGCAGUAAAAAUAAAUGUUUUGUCAUACCAGUGGUAUAAGGUCUGAUAUACCACGACUUUCAGCCAAUCAGCAUUCAGGGCUUUAACCCCCCAGUUUAUAAUUAAGCAAUAAGGCACGAGGGGGUGUGGUAUAUGGCCAAUAUACCACGGCUAAGGGCUGUUCUUAGGCACAAUGCAUCAUGAACAACACAGUUUAUAAUGUUUCAUAUAACACGGCUUUCAGCCAAUCAGCAUCCACAGCUCGAAAACGUUCCGGUUUAUAAUUAGAUAUAAGCAACUACAGACAACUCACCACUCGGUUCUAUUUUGGUCAUAUGGCCCAUGGUUCCAACAUGACCAUUUAGCCUAGUCCCCAAUGCAUGGCCUUCCGACCUUGCUAACGCUUGCGUGCAGUGCACGCGCGCCAUGCAGCGCAGGUGGAAAGACAGACUGCGAAUGGACAGGAACAUCGCUGCGCCUGCGCGUAAUAGGGACGAGGUUUCUGUGUAGAGUUCUACCACAAAUCAACAAGAGGAUCGACAUUAAACUAAAUGGGGUCAUUAAACAAGGUGAGUGGCUGGUAUGUAGGCUAAUAUCUGAAUGUAUAGGCUACAGCCUAUGUAUGGCUUAGUUUUCAUAGCCUACUAUUUAUGAUUAUUGCCUAUGCAUUGCCGCAUGGUUGGACUGUGACCAAUGAAAUAAUAACUGUCAUAAAAGUUGCUCUACCAUAGCCAUACACGUUUUUCUUGUUUUAAGACAGCACAGUGUCGUACACAGCCAAACGUCACGCUACAACCGAACAAUUUUACUGUCUAUUUUGAGGCGUUUUGGCACCACACUUCAGAUUGCGCGCAAAGGAAACCAGUAACGCAAUGACCGCAUGGCGGAUAAAUCUACAGAUAAUCUGAUCUGGAUUACCGUUAUCCGCUAUAGGGCGAGUGUACUGUAUCUGUUUCUGUUGUAGUCUUCCGCACUGUAAUGUUGGCUACAGCUCAGUACACAUUAUCAUACCAUUAGCUGAUUAAUUACGCAUUAGACCGUAGCAUAUGACUUUUAUUAAUUCCUAGGCUGUACUAUUCCGAUUUCCGACCUGGUAUGAUAAUUAUCCUUAAAGUGUUUGAUGUGCAGUAUGUAUUAUUAUUAUUGUUAUUAUUAAUUAUUAUUGCAUUAUUACACCUGCCAUGUGUUGUGAUGCCUCUUCACUUGUAUUUUUUAGGGGGAAGAUGAACAAUAGCCUCUCUCAAGGCAAAUGACAGGAUCAUUUAUAAAAUGGCAACAAAGGAAUGAAUAAAAGUCACGAGUUACACACUUGAGAAAAGAGAGGGAAAUAAACCCAAAGUAGACAUCAAGGAAGGCAGAGAGGAGAGGAAGUGAGAAAGAAAGAGGAAGAGAAACAACUCUACAGACAGGGUUGCUAUUAGAAACCAUCCAGUUACCAGUCAUUCAGCAGUUUAUACUGCAGGUUUAGAAACGUCUCACUCCUCGUGGGUUUAACCACUAGGGCUACUAUUAUGACAACUCAUGUUUGUGUGCUAUAAACUCUAAUUCCACCGCUAUUAAUUCUACUAUGGCCACCACUACCACUUCAAGUCUUAGGUGUUUGAAACCUGUCAUAAAACUUGUUAUCUGUAACUUCUUCUGAUACCGCAGGUAAUUCUAUAGACAGUUUAAUGGUCUUCUACAUUCAGAGUUACAUUUAGGUCAUUUAACAGAGGCUCUUAUCCAGAGUGACUCACAGUCUCUAGACACAGUCUUCCCUCCUAAAAAAAAACCUCAACUUGUUGUUGACACUUGGCAGCCAUUGAGAAGGGCAGUUAACCAGUAGAUUUUCUGGUAAAUGCAGUUUGAAUUUGAAUGCCACGCCUUAUCUCUCCCACACAGCACUUCUUUCUAGUGAUACAGCUUAUUUUCAGCCAGUCGGUCUCAAAGACUCAACGAGAGAGAGAGAGAGAGAGAGAGAGAGAGAGAGAGAGAGAGAGAGAGAGAGAGAGAGAGAGAGAGGUUAUAUACAGCUUACUUUUCACCACUUUUGAUUAUCAGUGAUUAGGGAGUCUGUCAGUCAGCCAGUCAGCCAGGCAGGUAGCUAGUCAGCCAGCUAGGCAGCUAUCAGUCGGUCAGCCAGCCAGUCAGAGCAGGGAGUCAGUCAGUCAGCCAGGGAGGUAGCUAGUCAGCCAGCCAGGCAGUUAUCAGUCUGUCAGCCAGCCAGGCAGUCAGUCAGUUAAUCAGGGAGGAUGCUGGGAUGCGAGGGGGGCGGGGUGGGGCUGCGCUACCGGCUGACCCUGGCCACAGGGCUGGUGGAGUGUCUGUGUUUCGCCGGCGUGGUCUUCGGCUGGGCAUCGCUGGUCUUCGUCCUGAAGACAGACGGAUACUUCACUGACCUCUGUGUCAAUGUGACUACUGGACCCAACAGUACAGUGGAAACAGGUGAGUAGUUAAAUGCUAUUCAGUUCAAUAUGACAUAGAAUAGAAUAGUAUAGAUUGGAAUAGAAUAGAAUACAAUACAAUAUGAAGCACAUCAGAGCAGUUCAUACUAGAAAACUGAAGGACCUGGAUCUCUCUACUGCCAUCUUUCUCCCCUUCUGUAUUUCUCUCUCUCUAUCACUCUCUUUCUCUCUGUAUUCCUCUCUCUCUCUGCCCCAUCCUCCCUCCCCCGCGCUCUCCCUCCCCCCCGCGCUCUCUCUCCCCAUCCAUCCAUCUCUCUCAGACUGUAGUGGCCAGGAUGAACAGUUCUCUCCCCCCAUCCCUCCAUCUCUCUCUCAGACUGUAGUGGCCAGGAUGAACAGUUCUCUCCCCCAUCCCUCCAUCUCUCUCUCUCAGACUGUAGUGGACAGGAUGAACAGUUCUCUCUCUCCCAUCCCUCCAUCUCUCUCUCUCUCAGACUGUAGUGGCCAGGAUGAACAGUUCUCCCUGGUCUUCACCGUCGCCUCCUUUAUGAACAACUUCCUCACGCUUCCCAAUGGAUUCAUCUUCGACCGCUUCGGCACCAUGGCAACGAGACUUCUGGGAAUGUGAGUCUUUUUGAAACUACAGAAAUCCAGGCUUCAUUGCUAGGGCCCAGAGUUUUUCCUGCCCUGGUCAGGUAAGGAUGGCGAUAUACCCAUAUACAAUGUGAUAUAUGUCAUAUCCAUUGCAAAUAAUUCUUACAUUGUCAACAUUUAAAUAAUAUAACUAGGUCCUGACCUCUGACCAGCAUUUCCAGGACAUCUGCAAAGUUCAUGUACACAGAGUCAAUGAAUUACAAUUCUUUAAACUCUGCGCAUUAAGUUUAUACCUAGACCGUCGCCUAGAUGAGAGAGAGAGAGAGCGAUAGAGUCAAAAGGGGGUGGGAAGUUGAGGGUCCAAUCCUGGUUUACUCAGUCAUUGUUUUUGUAGAAUGUGUAUGCAUAUUUUAAUCUAAGUUCUACAGGUUUAUUGAGGUUGUCUUCUGACCCACUGAGAAAUGUGUCAAAAGUUGAAAGUUUAACAGACCAUAACCCUCUGUGUGACAUCUCUUUAUCUGUCUCUGCCCUGUGUUUCCCCUCAGAUGUCUCUACACCACUGGUACACUAAUGGUUGCCUUCUCCAGUUCAGGUAAACAUAGACUAUACAGUGUAAAGGCUGUUAUUCAAUCAGAACAGCUCUUGAUAUUUGUGUAUUUGAAAAAUGAAUCAAGUCAAUCAAUCAGUCAAAUGUAUUUAUAAAGCUAUUUUUACAUCAGCAGAUGUCACAAUGUACUUACACAGAAACCCAGCCUAAAACCCCAAACAGCAAGCAAUGCAGAUGUAGAAGCACGGUGGCUAGGAAAAACUCCCUAGAAAGGCAGAAACCUAGGAAGAAACCUAGAGAGGAACCAGGCUCUGAGGGGUGGCCAGUCCUCUUCUGGCUAUGCCAGGUGGAAAGAGUACAUGGCCAUUAAGGCCAGAUCGUUCUUCAAGAUGUUCAAACGUUCAUAGAUGACCUGCAUGUUCAAUAAUAAUCACAGUGGUUGUAGAGGGUGCAACAGGUCAGUACCUCAGGAGUAAAUGUCAGUUGGCUUUUCAUAGCCGAGCAUUCAGAGGUCGAGAGAGAGAGACAGGAAGAAGGAGAGAGAGGGUUGAAACAGCAGGUCCGGGACAAGGUAGCGCAUCAGGCAGAACCAGCAGAAACUGGAGCAGCAGUACGACCAGGUGGACUGGGGACGGGGACCCUGCAAAAGCAUUAGGAAGAGCACAUUCCUAGUGUAGGAUGUUGGAUGAGUAGAGAUUGAACUUGGUCUAUUCUGUCUCUCUCUCUCUCUCUCUCUAAUAGUUCUGUCCAUGCUGCUGUUCCCAGCCCUGUCCUUCAUCGCAGUGGGAGGAAUAUUGUUCCUCAUCACAAACAUACAGGUACAGCAGCAUGCCAUGACUCCUCAGUUUCAACACAGUUACAGACAGUACAAACAGUAUUCAUUACAGACAGUACAACCAGUAUUCAUUACAGACAGUACAACCAGUAUUCAUUACAGACAGUACACACAAUAUUCAUUAGACAGUACAUACAGUAUUCAUUACAGAUAGUACAAACUGUAUUCAUUAGACAGUACAAACAGUAUUAAUUACAGACAGUACAACCAAUAUUCAUUACAGACAGUACAACCAAUAUUCAUUACAGACAGUACAACCAGUAUUCAUUAGACAGUACAACCAGUAUUCAUUAGACAGUACAAACAGUAUUCAUUAGACAGUACAAACAGUAUUCAUUAGACAGUACAAACAGUAUUCAUUAGACAGUACAAACAGUAUUCAUUAGACAGUACAAACAGUAUUCAUUAGCAGUGGCGGCUCCUGAAAAAAUUCUCAGGAGGGGCAAUUUUUCUGAUGAUUUAGGUGACCUACACACAUUUUAAAAAAGAUAUGUCCAGCAACAACAUGAAGACAGGGGCAGCAUAUAAGUCAAUACCAGAAGCAUUUAUUGACUGAUCUGGGGAGAUGGAUUCCAGUUUCUGUGACAGAUUAUAAAUAAUCUCUGAUGCCUUUGUUAUAUUAGCUUUUGGUUGAAUGUACUGUCGUAGUAAAUAUAUAAUGUUAUAGCUUGGUCUGACUAAAAUCUUGUGCAUGACCCAUUUUGUGUUGGGCGUUUGUUUCUGUUCCUAUCCUAUAACAAUGGACAAAAGAGUCCUAUCUUGUCAGCCUUGUCAGCAGGUGGCCAAGGAGUGGUGAUCCUAGCUGACCUAAGACAGGACACUUUUACUUUACUCGCGUGCACGAACGAGUCCGUGCACGCGAUUCCAGAUAUCUUUACCUCUGAAUAAACUGCCUUUAUUAUACCAUAUCCACCCUGUCCAAAGUCUCUACUUGGUCUCAGUUCUCCAGUAAACUUGUGAUUAUCAACAGUACACAACGGUAACAAACAAUUGGGGGAACUCACGGGGCAGAUAGUAACCACUUAAAAGGAAGCGAUUCCCAAACCUUCCAUAACAAAGCCAUCACCUACAGAGAGAUGAACUUGGAGAAGAGUCCCCUAAGUAAGCUUGUCCUGGGCCUCUGUUCACAAACACAAACAGACCCCACACAGCCCCAGGACAACAACAACAACAACAACAACAACAACACAUUUAGACCCAACCAAAUCAUGAGAAAACAAAAAGAGAAUUACUUGACACAUUGGAAAGAACAAACAAAAAAACAGAGCAAACUAGAAUGCUAUUUGGCCCUAAACAGAGAGUACACAGUGGCAGAAUACCUGACCACUGUGACUGACCCAAACUUAAGGAAAGCUUUGACUAUGUACAGACUCAGUGACCAUAGCCUUGCUAUUGAGAAAGGCCGCCGUAGGCAGACCUGGCUCUCAAGAGAAGACAGGCUAUGUGCACACUGCCCACAAAAUGAGGUGGAAACUGAGCUGCACUUCCUAACCUCCUGCCAAAUGUAUGACCAUAUUAGAGACACAUAUUUCCCUCAGAUUACAGCGAUCCACAAAGAAUUCGAAAACAAACCCAAUUUUGAUAAACUCCCUUAUCUACUGGGUGAAAAACCACAGUGUGCCAUCACAGCUGCAAGAUUUGUGACCUGUUGCCACAAGAAAAGGGCAACCAGUGAAGAACAAACACCAUUGUAAAUACAACCCAUAUUUAUGUUUAUUUAUUUUCCCAUUUGUACUUUAACUAUUUGCACAUUGUAACAACACUGUAUAUAUACAUAAUAUGACAUUUGAAAUGUCUUUAUUCUUUUGAAACUUCUGAGUGUAAUGUUUACUGUUAAUAUUUAUUGUUUAUUUCACUUUUGUUUACUAUCUACUUCCCUUGCUUUGGCAAUGUUAACACACGUUUCCCAUGCCAAUAAAGCCCUUAAAUUGAAUUGAAUUGAUAGUAAGGUCGCAAUGACACAGAAAGCAGUUCAAUGUCGGGGUACAGAGUCGCUCUCUUACCAGGAUCGCGGUCCGCUCUGACCAGGGUGAAGGUGGCCGGCUCCACUUCUCUGUCCGGGACUCUGUCAUCCAGCCAAGUCUCCCAGCUGUAUUGGGAUUCCGCUGCCAGCAGCGUUUUCAUUAUUUAGUCCGUUCGUAGCGGGUAUGUACACGAUCAACAAGGUCAGUCCAAAACCAACCACUGGAAAUCCAUGGUUGGCAGAAUGUUUGUAAACUAAGUCUACAAAUUAAAAACAUAAAAUAACGCCACACUGCAGGUCACAACAGAGACGCUGCUAGCCGCCAUUGUCUUAGUUACGUUCAUGGUUACGUCACGUAUGACGAAAGCGCGUAAGUGCAUGCCCACAGACACCCAUAGAGAAUGUAUUGAAAGCUUUGAAAUUUGAAAAAAAUAGAUUUUACAUGACAGGCUAUGAGAGACUUCUGGGCGAUUUUCAACUUGACUGAAAUCGCCCCAAAAACGGGCGGGGCCAUUUGAAGCACGACUUUAGCCUGAUUUGAUAUUUAGUGGCUGGCAGAUCAGACGUGAACACUGAUAACUACUGUUGCCGUGAUAUAAUUGAUUAGAAAAAAAAUCCCUUCCUUUUCCCGUUUGGCAGUGCGUCGCCCAUAUCGCCCUAUUGAACACACCGCCCAUGUUCAUUAGACAGUACAAACAGUAUUCAUUACAGACAGUACAAACAGUAUUCAUUACAGACAGUACAAACAGUAUUCAUUACAGACAGUACAAACAGUAUUCAUUAGACAGUACAGACAGUAUUCAUUACAGACAGUAUUCAUUACAGACAGUACAAACAGUAUUCAUUAGACAGUACAAACAGUAUUCAUUACAGACAGUACAACCAAUAUUCAUUACAGACAGUACAACCAAUAUUCAUUACAGACAGUACAGACAUUAUUCAUUACAGACAGUACAGACAUUAUUCAUUACAGACAGUACAAACAGUAUUCAUUACAGACAGUACAAACAGUAUUCAUUACAGACAGUACAAACUGUAUUUAUUAGACAGUACAAACAGUAUUCAUUACAGACAGUACAAACAGUAUUCAUUAGACAGUACAACCAGUAUUCAUUACAGACAGUACAACCAGUAUUCAUUACAGACAGUACAACCAGUAUUCAUUACAGACAGUACAACCAGUAUUCAUUACAGACAGUAUGUUACGAACCCCGUGGCUUUAAAUGUCUAAGGUGGAUGGACAUGAGACCCGUAACAUAAUUCAUGCAAAUUAGAAUGAUGACAUGGAACAGUGAGAACGAAAAACUACACGACAACCAUAAACUACCGUCAAACAUAAAAUGUUUAUUUGUGAACACACGGUAAAGGUUUGGGAAAAGGGGCUGAGCAGGACCCAAUAAAUGAAACAAUAGUGUAAAACACCCCUAAACUGAUCUUGCCUGCCUCAAGAACCGCUAAACUACUGCUAAUCAUACAAAAAUACAGUGGGUGGUCCGCUCAGGUCUAACUAGUGUUUAUAGACAGUUUUCUUUCUACGGGUAAUGUAUGCCCAAGGGCAGCUUGCUUAACUUCCCCUUUUCCCAGAAACACACAAAGUUACCAAACAGAGUAACCAGCAAAUUAGUGAGUACUCUAAACACAGGACAUCACAGUAUCCAUACUCACAUACAGAAAUUAGUCUCUAACAAAAUUAUCAAACAGAGUAACCAGCAACUUAGUGAGUAAACAAAAAACAGGACACCACAGUGUCCAUACUCACAUACGGAAAUAGUCUCUCUCUAAACAAACACAACUGACUGGUUUUUAUACAAUGGGAUGUGUGAUUGAAAAACCAGCAACAGGUGGUGCAAUGCAGAGGAAUGUUCACUGAUUGGUCCACCUUAGCAAUCAGCAGACACCUCAACGACCACCAAUCAGGAACAUACAGGACACCUGUUAUUAGGGCAGAAGGAGAGGAAAAACACAAAAAGACACAGGAUACCUGUAUCCGUAACACAGUACAAACAGUAUUCAUUACAGACAGUACAAACUGUAUGCAUUACAGACAGUACAAACAGUAUUCAUUACAGACAGUACAAACAGUAUUCAUUACAGACAGUACAAACAGUAUUCAUUAGACAGUACAAACAGUAUUCAUUAGACAGUACAAACAGUAUUCAUUACAGACAGUACAAACAGUAUUCAUUAUACAGUACAAACAGUAUUCAUUAUACAGUACAAACAGUAUUCAUUACAGACAGUACAAACAGUAUUCAUUACAGACAGUACAAACUGUAUUCAUUAGACAGUACAAACAGUAUUCAUUACAGACAGUACAAACAGUAUUCAUUACAGACAGUAUAAACAGUAUUCAUUACAGACAGUACAAACAGUAUUCAUUACAGACAGUACAACCAGUAUUCAUUACAGACAGUACAAACAGUAUUCAUUACAGACAGUACAAACAGUAUUCAUUACAGACAGUACAAGCAGUAUUCAUUACAGACAGUACAAACAGUAUUCAUUACAGACAGUACAAACAGUAUGCAUUACAGACAGUACAAACAGUAUUCAUUAGAGACAGUACAAACAGUAUUCAUUAGACAGUACAAACAGUAUUCAUUACAGACAGUACAAACAGUAUUCAUUACAGACAGUACAAACACUAUUCAUUACAGACAGUACAAACAGUAUUCAUUACAGACAGUACAAACAGUAUUCAUUAGACAGUACAAACAGUAUUCAUUACAGAUAGUACAAACAGUAUUCAUUAGACAGUACAAACAGUAUUCAUUAGACAGUACAAACAGUAUUCAUUACAGACAGUACAUACAGUAUUCAUUACAGACAGUACAUACAGUAUUCAUUACAGACAGUACAUACAGUAUUCAUUACAUCUUUGUGACCGGUGUAUGUCACACACAAUUUUGUUUGACACAUAAAAUAGAUAUUUCUUCAGUAAAUACUGUAUUUAUACUGUGUACUAUAUAGAUACUGUAUUUAUACUCUGUACUAUAUGGAUACUGUAUUUAUACUGUAUACUAUAUGGAUACUGUAUUUAUACUGUAUACUAUAUGGAUACUGUAUUUAUGCUGUAUACUAUAUGGAUACUGUAUUUAUACUGUGUACUAUAUGGAUACUGUAUUUAUACUGUGUACUAUAUGGAUAUUGUAUUUAUACUGUAUACUAUAUGGAUACUGUAUUUAUGCUGUAUACUAUAUGGAUAUUGUAUUUAUACUGUGUACUAUAUGGAUACUGUAUUUAUACUGUAUAUUAUAUGGAUGGAUGUAUUCUUCUUGUUUGAAUCUCCUCAUUUGUCUCCUCAACUGUUGUUCUCUACUAUAGGUUGGAAACCUGUUUGGCUCCCAUCGUUCCACCAUCAUCACCCUUUAUAAUGGAGCCUUCGACUCUUCCUCCGCUGUCUUCCUCAUCUUCAAGGUAUCACAGAUCUCACACAUACUGUAGCCUACAGGCCUCAGAUCAUUUUUCUGCUCUUGUCAGGUUGAUAGAUAACUGUGCCUUAAAAAGGCCAAUUAUAUAUUUUCUGCCAUGUGUAUAAAACAGAUGCAUUUGAUUAUAUUUGUAUAUAUUGUAGAUAUAUCCCAUAUAUUGAUUAUAUUUGUAUUAUAUGUAGUCAUGGUCGCCUAAUAUCCAUUGGUGGCUCUGGUUAUCCAUCUCGCCCUCUGUCGUCCCCGUCCCCCCGUCUCUCCCUCUGUCUCCCCCCGUCUCAGGUGCUGUAUGAAGGAGGGGUCUCCCUCCGCUCCUCCUUCCUCAUUCUCUCUGUCUGCAGUGUCUUCCACCUCCUCAGGACGUUCCUCCUCAUGCCCAACACCCACAUCCCCUACCCACUCCCUGAGGGCUUCACCUACGGGUCAGAACUACAACUCCCACACAUACGACAGUAUUAAUCUGACCAGGCCCUAUGAUACAUAAGACCAUAGUAUGUAUGGGGGUUGUAGUUCUCACCUGAGAGCACUAUGACUCCCAUAUGGCCUGGGGGUUUUCCGGACCAUGGAGUUUUUCCUUGUCAGAUUACUUGGGCAGAUUACUAGUCCUGUACUUGUUCAUAGAUAAAUGCAAAACAAAAUUAAAUAAUUAUUUGGGUUUGGCAUUUAACAAAUUGUAUUGAUUUGUCAGGUUAGUCUCAAUGACAUGCAUUCAUAUUAGAUGGGUGACCCUGAUGAUCAAAGCUAUUUGAUUAUACCCUGAUGCUUCCUUUUAAACAGAGUAAGCCUUGGAAAGUCCAACAGCUACAACGUAGAGGAGUUUGAGAAGACGCGCGAGACGGGGAUGACAUCAGAGGGGGAGGGGCCAGCAGAGACGGACGACAUUCUCCUACAGCCUGAUGACGGGCAGCAGUCAGGAGACUCUGGGAAAGGUGUCGUUUGGCCAACUGCAAUCUUUAAUCUGGCUGGGAAAUGGCAGGUGCAAUUUGUUGACUCAAAUGUUUCUCUUUUUAUUUCUCUCUCUUCCUCUCACACACACACUCUCAGUGGCCAGUUUCAGGAGCUGUGUGCAGUCGUGGUUCUUCCUGUGGCAUCUGGUGUGGCUGUCUGUCAUGCAGCUGAGACACUACCUCUUCAUCGGAACACUGAACCCCAUGCUCAACCGGCUGGCCGACAACGACUCAGCCCUGGGUAAACCCCACACACACACACACACACACACACACACACACACACACACACACACACACACACACACACACACACACACACACACACACACACACACACACACACACACACACACACACACACACACACACACACACACACACACACACACACACACACACACACCAAAGCAUAGGUUCAUUUAAUUAAUCUAAAUACUCUCUCCCCUUCUCUCUCUCUUUCUCCCUCUCUCAGUGAGUCAGUACACCAAUGCCUUUGCCUUCACCCAGCUGUGUGGGGUCCUCUGUGCUCCCUGGAACGGCCUCAUCAUGGACAGACACAAGGGGAAGCCUCUGGCUCCAGGUGGGUGACAUGGCUCUAGCUUAGUAACAACAGGGUUCAAUAGGGCACAACGUAGAAAAAUGUUAAGCAAUGAAAAACUAAAAUGGGUAUCCUUAUUGGUCCAGGUAGUAGGCCUACCUCCUGUUUCAGUCCGUUAAACAAUGUUGUUUUCUCCUGUUUCAUGCCUAAUGAGCAUGGCCAUGGUUCUGGUGUGUGGCCAUCAUCCUCAUCAUCACCCAACCUUUCUCUCACCUCCUCCCUCUAUAGGAGAAACAGAUAAGGAGGCAGACCUGCGCUCCUCCUCUCUCUCCCUCUUCCUCACCUCCCUCCAGUGCCUCCUCUUCUCCAUCUGCGCCUCCUCUCCUCUCCUCCCUCUCCAGUACCUCACCUUCAUUCUCCAGGUCCUCAACCGCUCCUUCCUCUACGGAGGCAACGCAGCCUUCAUCAGCAUCGCGUGAGUAAUAGGGGGAUGGAGUGAGGGAUGGAGUGAGAGAGGGAUAGGGGAAUGGAGGGAGGGAUGGAGUGAGAGAGGAUAGGGGAAUGGAGUGAUGAGGAGAGGGAUAGGGGAUGGAGGGAGGGAUGGAGUGGAGGGAUGGGGUGGUUGAGAGGAUAGGGGAUGGGGGAUGGAGUGAGCGAGGAAUGGGGGAUGGAGGGAGAGGAUAGGGGGCUGGAGGUGAGAGGAUGGGGAUGUGAGGGGGUAGGCAUGGAGGGCGUGAGCGGGAUAGGGGGCUGGGUGAGGGGUUCGGGGGGAUGGCGUGAGGCGGGAGGGGCUGGAGGGGGGUGGAGGGAGGGUUGCGGGAGGGAGGGGUCGAGUGCGGGGAGGGUCGGCCCUGGUGAGAGGUAGGGUGGAGGGCUCUGGGCUGGCGGGAGGGUGGUGGAGCGGGGCUCGGGGCUGCGGGCGGGUGGCGUGGAGGGUAGGGGAUGGCGGGCGGAUAGUGAGAGAGGGUGGGGGAAGAGGGAGGGAUGGCGGGAUAGGGAUGGAGGGAGGGAUGAGUGAGAGAGGGAGAAAGAGAGGGUUAAGGAGGAGAUACUGGGGGCAGAGUAGCGGGUUAGUAGCGAGAUGGACAGGAAGUAAAUAAAAGGGUAGAUUAUAGAAAAAGGAACAAGGGACUCAACAAUAAAUAGACAAUAGACUUUAGAGUAUAUAAUGUAAAAUCAGUUCAAAGCCUGAAGGUAACUGACUGCUACUCAUUCAUACUUCCCUCAGUUGAUGUCCGGCUGUUCAUUAUGUUCUCCUUCCUCCCCUCUCUCACCACAGUUUUCCUGGGGUUCACUUUGGGAAGCUGUACGGUUUGGUGAUGUCUCUGUCUGCCGUGGUGUCACUGCUGCAGUACCCCUGUUUCGCCCUGGUCAAAGGAGCCCUAGAUGGAGACCCCUUCUAUGUGAGUGGGUUAUACGAACAUACGGUCACUCAGGCCAAUAGAUUACUAACCUCGUCCCCAGGCUCAGUUGCUAUCGAGAGAGAGACGGCUGGGUGGACGAGAUUAGUAGAUGUACUGUGCUGUACUUGCCAAAAAGUAAAUAUUGAAAUGUGAAAUGUCUUUGUUAAACUUAUACCUCACAGCUCAUAACAUAAUAACCUUGUAACAUACCUCUUAACCUAUAGAUAUACAGUAGGCCUACCUUGCAGACCGGUAAGGUUAAGGAUACUCUCUCUUUGUUGUCUUUCCUCCUCUACAGGUUAACAUCGCUCUGACUCUCCUCACUCUACUGGCGUUCAUCCAUCCAAUCAACAUCUUCUAUGGCUGCAGGAAACUGACCAAUCAGAGGGAGGAUAUGGCCGGUGGUCCUGCCAUCACAUUGGCUGAGGCCAAAAUGUAGGGGAUGUUACAUGAGGGUCCUGAGCCAAGGGAAACAGGAAUUGAAAAAAAGUGAAACAGGAAUUGUCUCAUUUAUAAUUGUUUAAAGGGAAUAAGUGAAUAUGUAAAAUAAUAAUAAAAAGCUUUUUAUACCUCUGUUUUACAGUAAUCCCAUUCCAUCAGUAUUUUUUGUAAGGUUUCAGAAAUAUUCAUACUUUGUUGGAUAGUUGUCAAAAAGUAUUUUCCAUUGUUGUGAAGUAUUAUCCAUUGUUGUGUCUUGAUUUGUAAGGAUAAUAAAUAAAGUCAUGGCAGAGUACGUCAUACCGGAAGUCGUCAUUGAAAACAAACCGGUUUCCGGUCAAAAUGGAUUCACGUAG